AUGCCUCUACGCGCUAAGGUCACCAACCCUGCCUUUCGGACAGCUAUGAUGUCUACAGAGAUCCCUAAAGAGCUCCCCGGCGAUGAGCCCGAUGAUGUUUUGUUCAACUCGAUCUACGGUCUUCGCAGCGUUGAGCUCAACCGACCCAAGAAGCUCAAUUCCCUGAACGGCUCCAUGGCACGCAAGAUUUUCCCCCGACUGAAGGAAUGGGAGAAAUCCUCUCUUGCGAACAUGAUCCUCAUCUCCGGAGCCGGCUCCAAGGCGCUCUGCGCUGGAGGCGACGUUGCUGCUCUGGCCUUGCAGAACGAGCAGGGACCGGAAGGUCAGCAGGCAUCAACCGAUUUCUUUGGACUCGAAUACCGUCUCGACCACACUCUCGCCACAUACUCCAAGCCCGUUAUCUCAUUCAUGGACGGAAUUACCAUGGGUGGAGGUGUCGGCCUCAGCAUGCACGCUCCUUUCCGAAUUGCGACUGAGCGAACACUUUUCGCCAUGCCCGAAACAACCAUUGGAUUCUUCCCCGACGUUGGUGGCUCGUUCUUCUUGCCUCGCCUUGACGGUGAGACCGGUACAUACCUUGCCUUGACCUCUGAGCGCCUCAAGGGUGUGCAGGCUCUGUACGCAGGCAUUGCUACACACUAUCUGCACUCAAGUGUUCUCAGCAGCAUGGUCCAGCGUCUUUCGGAGCUGACCUUCCCCGACCACCUUACCCUCCCCGAGCGCCUCGAAAUCGUCAACAAGACCAUGGCCGAGUACUCCAUUGGUCUUCCCCCUCUUGAGGAGGAGCCCAUGCUUAUGGCUGGCAGUCUGCGCACCGCCAUCGACCGCUGCUUCUCACCUAACACAGUAGAGGAGAUCUUCGAGGCACUGCAGAACGAGACCGAGCACAAGGAGUGGGCACAGAAGACCCUGGAGACCCUGUCCAGCCGGUCCCCCACCUCUUUGAAGGUGACUCUGCGCCAGAUGCGUCUUGGUAAGAAGUGGGGCAUCUCAGAGACAUUCCAGCGCGAGCACGAGAUCUCCGCCAACUUCAUGCGCCACCCUGACUUCGUGGAGGGUGUGAAGGCCCGUCUCAUGUCCAAGCCUCCCCGCCAGGCUGAGUGGAAGCCCGCUACUCUGGCCGAGGUCACCAACGAGGCUGUCGAAUCCUUCUUCCAGAUUCCCGAGGGUGAGAGCCGUCUGGCCCUUCUCAGCGAGGGCGAUUACGAUGCUUACCCCCACGCCCACUUCGCUCUUCCUUCUGAGACGGAGAUCGAGCAAGUUGUUCGCCAGGGCCACCCAUCACGGAGACCUGUGAUUGACGCUUUCCUCGAAAAAUACUCCCACCGUGAGGGAGUCCGCCGAAAGGUUGUUGAGGUCCUGGCUCGCAAGACUACAACCGAGUCUGGCGAGGGACUCAAGUGGAUUUGA